AUGUGUUCUGAUUACUGGGUGGCAUCAAACAUCGUGGAUUCUCAUAUGACACUGGCUAAAUCAACAUUUGAAUUUGGGUGGGUGUCUCGCAAGCAAGCAAGCGAUCUCUAUCUUAUAGUUGUGGUGGUCAAGGAUACCGUUUCCAUGGUUUGGAAAUCAGCUACCUGCAAGUCGUCUCUUUAUCGGUGGAUUUUCAGAGCAAUGUUUUUAUCGGUGCCAUGGCGGAUCUCAUUCCUCAAGUACUUGUAUGGAUACCUUGGACGUUCUCUUGGCUUCUCGCGUAUGCUUUUCAUCAAGACCGGAUUUAUUUGUUGCAGUGCAUGA